AUUAUUUCACUUAUUUAACACGUGGAAAGUUCAGAUUCAUUGCAGAGAAGUCGACUGUCACGAAAUAAGAGCUCUUUGGAAGACUGAGGAAGUUCUUUCGUUAUUUUUCAAGGUCUACUUUUCUCUCUUUGUGGUACUUGGCAUUUGCUGCUACGGAUCCGUCAGCCUUCAGGUGUAAGUUCGUUCAGCGACCUAGUCACUGAGUGAAGAAGGUGGACUGUAAACUUAACUGGGAGUAUUCAGUGUCAAAAACAUCUACUUGGAAUCCUGGGGUAAAUUGUGUGUUAACUGCGAGUGUCAUGAAAACAAUAAUUUUGUUCAUCUGUCUUCUGUGCGAUGCUUGGGCACAAGGUUCCGUUGAUCAGGUUCCUCCCACGAUCCCAGAGAAUCUUCGAAUCUCUCCUCCUAAGGUCGACUUCGAUUGUGGCAAUUCCGACCCUGAAAUUAUUUACGAACUUGAAAUAACCUGUCCCGGGUGUAUCGGGACCGGUGGUAAACCUGCGCGAACUGUACUUGCAAAGUAUUCCGCCCUACUAGGAGCUGUGGAUGCUAGUGGGUCAAUCGACUGGCUUUGCUCAGGUGUCCUUAUCAACCGCCAUUGGGUGCUGACAGCCGCUCAUUGCUUAGCUCACAACAUCAGUGUUGUGCGGUUAGGCGAGCACGACUACAACAGUGUUGAAGAUGGUGGUCAUCCUGUCACCUUGGGUAUUGAGGAAAAGGUCAUUUACCCCGAGUACAAGUUUCAAGAAGGUUAUCACGACCUGGCUCUUCUGAAGAUGUCAAUCCUCCCGUUCUUUACGAGGUUUAUCAAUCCAGUCUGUCUACCGUGGGAGAAUGAAAGAAACGCAAAUCUCAUAGGAGAUACGAUAUCACUCACAGGAUGGGGAGCUACCGAAUUUGGUGGAGUAGGGAGUUCAAUUAUUCAAGAAGUCAAUGUGACGGUGUUCCCAACCUCGGCCUGUGAUCAGAGUUACUCCAGUCUGAGAGACUACGAGCUUGUGUGGCCCAAAGGUAUCAGGGAAACAGUCCUUUGCGCAGGAGACCCUCAAGGAGGCAAGGAUGCCUGUCAGGGGGACUCUGGCGGCCCAGUCACAUACCUUAACAAGGAGAGGAAGUAUGUCUUAGCUGGAGUGGUUUCCAGAGGUUAUGGGUGCGGCCUCAGCGAGUUUCCAGGAAUUUACGCCGACGUACGUCACGCUCCAUAUCUGUCCUGGAUCAAGACAGUGGCUUUCCAGUGAAAUCCUUUUGUUGUAUCAUGGAAAAUCUAGACUAAGUUAGUGCAUUAAAUCCUCCCUAAGGGGAAAUUUUAGAAUGAGAAUUGUUUGUGAUGUGAUUCAUUAGUGUGAGGAAUAAGAAAUGAAGUGGAUCCUUGUGAUUUUUCAAUUUUCCUGGGGAGCUGUCUGUACUACAUUUUUGCGACUUAUGUUUUUCCAUUUCAAAAGUCGAUAGUUUUUAUAUAUUGCUACUCAUAUAUUUUGUAUAUUGGGUAUUCUAAUUUCCCAUGACUGGUCAGUAGGUAAUUAACCAGGUGAAAUCUACCAUCAUGAUUUUUUCCCAACUCCUUACCAGAAGUAAAGAUAGCUUCAGUCUCCCAAAAAAUUAUCUGUAGCUUUUUGUUGCUUGUGGUAAACAUACUUUAAGACAUAUUUAUAUUUAUCAAGUUUUUCUAGUAUCCUUUUUAUCAAAAUAUCUUUUGCGUGAGUUGUCAUGAAGGGACUGAAGGUAGAAAAAGGAUUAAGGUAGUCAGAAAUAAGGCCAGGGAACGUUUGCUCAUAAUCAAUCUGUUUCGACUCAUUUAUAAUAAUGGAAAAUGCUGCUUGCAUCAUUACCCAUUAAAUCAUUGUGAAGGAAGCGAUUCUGUAAG